GUUUACCGCCAUGAUCUGACUUGUCGAAACAUCAAUAUUCAUCGUAUUCGUGCGAGGUGGAUUAGCGAGCGAAUGCUUCGUGCGUGCGAUUGUUUAACGUGCAUAAAUUUACGUUAUGGAAUGGCAUAAUACAUCGUCGACCGAGGAAUACGGCCGUCGCCGUAUACUACGAAAGCCUACUGGUCGGCCAGUUAGAACGGCCCGAUGUUAACCUGCGUCGAAGCGAACCCAAGAGAGGAACCACGUAUCGACGAUCGUUUUCCUCUUCCACCAAACAUGUGAGCCCUUUCCUGGAUCUGCAUCUUGCAACGCCACGCACCAUACACAAGGAAAAACAGAAAUCUGCAUAUACACAUACACAAAUAUACGUGUAUUUAUAUGUAUGUACAUAUUAGAUGAAUGCAAUACUGUAAAUAAUGGUGUUUUGGGCCGUCGUCUAUUCGCUGGCGAUCUUCCUGCGCUUCGGUUUCCUACAAGCAAAGCCAGAGUCACAGGGUUACUGCGCUCCCUACAGCGGCAGGAUAUGCAAGAAGUACCUCAGCGGCAUUGGGAAGGUCUGGUUUAAUGAUUCCAACGAUAAUCCUGGGGGAUGGCUGAACGAGAAGAUCACAGCGAAUCUCUGGGAGGAGCUGAUAGAGACCCUGCUGGAGCCAUGUCGCUCAGCUGCAGAGAAAAUGCUCUGCAUGUAUGCAUUUCCAUUGUGCCACGAAUCAACGGGCCUGCCACUCUGCUAUGAGGACUGCAUGGCUGUACGGCACCAGUUCUGCUUCAAUGACUGGGCGAUUAUCGAGGACAACAAGCAGAGAGACAUCUACAUUCGCUCGCGUGGGCACUUUGUGUUACCAGAAUGCGAGAGUUUGCCCAAGGUGAACAAGGAGAUGCCCACCUGUUCACACGUGCAUUUGACCGACAUGGACGAGGAGGUUGUCACCUACGAUUGUAUCAGAGGCAACGGUAGAUUCUACAUGGGGAAGGUCAACAAGACCAAAUUUGGCCUGGACUGCCAGUCGUGGAGUGCGCAGAUGCCGCACAGCCACGACAAACCACCCGACGUCUUCCCACAGAUUCGUCACGGUGAGAAUUACUGUAGAAACGCAGGCGGCGACGAACCGAUGCCGUGGUGCUUCACGACCGAUCCCUCAAUACGCUGGCAACAUUGCGAUAUCCCCGUAUGUGAUAAUGUUACAACUAAAGUGGAGAUCGAACCAAAAGACAUAAUGAUAAUGAUGGACACCUUAUUUAAUAACACACUGGUACUCAUACUGUUAGCAUUGGGCUUUAUAAUUGUGGCCGGUGCGCUAUUAUCUAUUCUGCUGAGUCAAAGGCUACACAAACGUCAUCGAGGCUACAAUCCGACUGAUAAUCAGGACGUGAACAUCGAUCUGGACAAGUUGCCAAGCAACGAGGCAUAUCACAAAACGAGCGCGCAGCUGAAUCCCAAGUUAGAGAAGCUAGAGUUUCCGCGGAACAACAUUAUCUAUGUGCGGGAUCUGGGACAGGGCGCAUUCGGGCGCGUUUUCCAGGCGAAGGCGCCGGGGCUGGUCGCGGGCGAGGAGUUCACGAACGUUGCCGUGAAGAUGCUGAAGGAGGAAGCGUCGGACGAUCUGCUACGGGAUUUCGAGCGGGAGGCGUGCCUGCUCGCCGAGUUUGAUCACCCGAACAUCGUCAAGCUGCUGGGCGUAUGUGCACUUGGCCGGCCAAUGUGUCUGCUGUUCGAGUACAUGGGCCGCGGCGAUCUCAACGAGUUUCUGCGCUCUUGUUCACCCAACUACGUGAUUCGCGUGCCCAGCGCGACAGAUGAGAACGGCCACCCGACCGCGGGCGAACCCUCGCGGCUCUCGCACAUGGACCUGAUUAACAUCGCGGUACAAGUUGCGUCUGGUAUGGUGUACCUGUCCGACCGAAAGUUCGUUCAUCGCGACCUGGCGACGCGCAACUGCCUGAUAAACGACCAGAUGAUCGUUAAGAUUGCCGACUUCGGCCUAUCGCAGAAGAUAUAUCUGCAAGAUUAUUAUAAAGGAGACGAGCAGGACGCCAUCCCCGUCAGAUGGAUGCCGCUGGAGAGCAUACUCUACAACAAGUACACCGUCGAAUCGGACGUGUGGGCGUUUGCUGUCUGUCUCUGGGAGAUUUUCAGCUUCGCGUUGCAGCCGUACUAUGGGAUGACACACGAGGAGGUGGUCAAGUACAUCAAGGAGGGUAACGUGCUUCGCUGCCCGGACAAUACGCCCCAGUCGAUUUAUGAACUGAUGAAACUCUGCUGGAACAGGCGGCCGUCCGACCGGCCGACUUUCCGCACGAUCUAUCAGACCCUCGACGGCAUCAGACAGGAUCUGGAGGCGGAAUGCAAGUCGGACAGCGUUCCGCUACGCAUUCGCGUGUGAACGUAAAUGAUAACGGUAAUAAUUGAUAUUUCUCUCUUUCACACAAAGACACACAGCGUAAAAUUUGUGCAAUUUAAGAGCAGAAAGAAAGAAGUGUUUUUAUUUUUUUCAAAAAUGCCUCUUUUGAAUGAUUUUGCUCUGGCUUGGACAAAUUUUACUCUGUACGACGAUCAAUUAAGAGUAAGGUACGUUACUGCACUUAUCACUUACUCUUCAAUUAAAUUUCCAGCUAAGUAACUUUGUAUUGUGUAUCAUGAGUGUGAUGUGGAAUACCUGCCUUCUUAGUUGGAUGCGCCUCGAUACUGAAUCUGUUGUCACAGUUGCAAGAAAAGGUGACAAAAAGGACCAAUAUAUAAAACAGAGGCGCGAUAUUUCACUUUCUAUUUCUCGAGAAAUAGAUGCAUCUAUGUCGGUAUGCAAUACUGCUGACUUAUCUUCCUGGAUAUUUUUCCGAAUUAGCUCGAGAAGAUUUUUACGCUUGUUUCUAUUUAUCGCUCAAUAAACUUCCGAUUAUCUCUAAUUAGGACUGUCACUUUUCGCUACAGCUUUCAGAAACUUUAAUAUUAUUAGUUGCUCGUUUUUUGCUACUACAAAUUUACAAAGGCUUAAGUAAGUGUAAGUCUUUAAAAGUAUGCAAAUUAUUUUAUUUUUUAUUAAAUAUUCUCUUUUUUGCCUCUUGUCAGACGUGUGAUGAUCUCUCGUCGUGUUUCUGUGACAUUUUUAAAAAAGAUUUUUUUACAGUUUACACUAGUGUAAAUUUUUUGAAAUAAUAAAAUGAAAGGAAAAAAUGUGACUUUUCUUUCUCUUUUAAGGCGCGAAUUCAUGCAGCGAGAAAUCGCUGGCGACUUGGGACUUUAACGUCAGUUAAAGGUUAAUAAUUGCAGAGAAAUAAUUAUUGUUUGUAAUAAAAAUUGAAGAGUAAUGAAUAAAAA